AUGGCUGCAGUAAAUCCUGGAGGAUUCCAUUGUUGGAUCUGUCAUCGAAAAUUGGAAACCCUCCGCGAUGAGCUUCAAUUGAAAAAUGAGCUUGUUUUUGGGGACGGUGCUGGCGCUGCUGGUCGUGAUAGACUGCGCAGUGGCCCCAAUAUCCUGCGCGAUACAAUCUACCUCGAUGGCGGUGAGCUAUGGUAUCAGAAAGGAUUUGACGAUGGUUGUGUCGAGCCCCAGCCAGAUAACAAUUUGGAGGCCACCAUUUAUUACCUGAACCUCACUACUUCUUUCAACACUACAUCAGAUUUUAUGAAACUCCUCAGCAACAUGUCUGUCGCCGGCGGUGCUUCUAGCAUAGCUCCGAAUUACGUUGAUGGCACGAUGUUUGCCAACGACAACGAGUUCUAUCUCUAUGGAGGCAUGCUUCCUAAUACCGAUAGCUCUGCUCCUCCGCCUUCUAACCAAGUCCUGUCAUAUGCCGCCCAUCAGUAUGGCGCCUAUAGAAGCUCGUGGGCACCCAACUGGCAACAAGAAUACCUUUCCACCAAUGUCACGCGAUAUAUAACCAAUGGCGCUGCCGCAUCUGCGCCAAGCGAGAAUUUGGGCUUUUACUUCAGUGGGAUGCGCGCGGCGGACUGGGGCGACUUCACUUUAAACCAGCUUCAAUCCAACCAAACGGCCGACACGCUAAUCACCCUUGACAUGUCAACGAUGAGCGACGGGAAGUGGACAAACGACACACUGCCAAGCUACAUCCCUGCUCGUUCUAGGGCGGAACUGGUCUGGGUACCUAUAUCUGAGUCUGGGGUUUUAGUGGCCAUUGGAGGAGUGAUUGAACCCAUUGAGUUUUUUCGGAAUGCCAAAGCAAACUCAACCCGGACGGCAGAGAGCAAAAGGAUUAGCCCGACGUUCAUGGAGACGGUCUCCGUUUUCGAUGUCGAGAGUAAGACCUGGUAUCUCCAGAACACGACGGGUGAUACACCGCCACAGCUGACGGAGUUCUGCUCUGUGCUUGCGAGUGCGGCUGAUGGGUCAUCCCAUAAUAUCUACAUCUAUGGAGGGUACGAUGGUCUGAACUAUAACGCCAAUCCAUCGGACGACGUGUACAUAUUGUCUCUGCCGUCCUUUAAGUGGGUCAAGGCAUACAAUGGUACAAACACACACAGUCGCAGCGGUCAUCAAUGCAUCAAAGUAUAUCCCGAUCAAAUGCUAGCGGUUGGAGGACAGCAUGUCGACUCAACUUAUUGCCUGGAGGGUGGCGUCAUUGUCAAUUUCAAUCUGAACACCUUGACCUUUGAGGAUGAAUAUGAUCCCACGACUUGGAGUAAGUAUAAAGUGCCAGAUCUCGUUACGACACUGAUAGGGGGCAACUCCAAUGGAAGUGCAACCAUCACCGCCCCAUCGUCAUGGACAAACAGCUCUCUAGCGGCGAUUUUUGGCAAGAAGUAUGGCAAGACUGUCGAGACAUAUUGGCCAUACAAUAGCACCAGCAGCGGUGACAGCGCCAGUGCCUCCGCGCAAAAAAGCAGCGGGGGCAGCGGAUUCCCCGGGUGGGCUGGUGGAGUAAUCGGUGCGGUCUUGGGUCUGCUCGUUAUUGCGCUCCUUAUCGGAUUCUUGUUUUAUCGCCGCCGUCACCGUAAACACGAGGUUUCGGAGGCUAAAUCCGAAGCCGCUGAGGCUCAACCUCAGAACCUUCCUCCGGAAUGGAUGUAUGCGAGCGGCCCAGCCGCACCUGGGCCCGGGCCAGUGUCUUCAUCGACGGGUAUGGAGACGGUGGAGACGGCGCGGACGACGCAGACCACAGGAACGCAGCCGUCAACAACACAGCCAUCGAUGACGCAGGCUUCAACUGUGCCAGAGUCCCUCAUCUCGCCUGUCACCCCUGGCACGGUUGAAUCCGGAGGAGAUGCGCUAUAUGAGAUGCAUGAUUCAUCACCUGUUGAGCUUCCAACGUCAUUCAACACCGCCUAUUAUGCUCACGACGAGCCUCCCAAGUCCGAACCCGAACGUGGGCCCAACCCCGAUCCGAGACGGGGCUCUCAGUCUCCUGUCUCACCGCAGACUCCUAGUGAGACGGGUUCGGAGUACUCGUAUCCAGCAGCCCACACCCGACGCCCAUCUUCACUCUCAUUGUCGUCACCACUGUCGAUUGAAAACGUGCUGAGCGGUCGAUCGUCCCAUUUCUAUGAAUCUUUCGAUAGUUUGGAUACCCGGCGACCAGGCCAUCGAUCUGAAGUUUCCCAGCCGACUGAUCAUUUGGAAUACAAGGGGCGGAAAGGAGGUACUGAGACGAUCCGGGAGGAUGAAUAG